GUUGGCCAGCGCGCUAAUUGGUGACGUAGCGUAUACAUCCAUAUCAUCACCGACCCCAUCCAGCGCACCACUUAUCCAUACCACCACAAUCAAGUCGCAUGCUUGCGCGCUCCGAGUUGCCAUGAACUUCAGGACCGCGCACUCUGCUCAGACCUGCCCCGCUCGGGGCAGGCGCAUGGCCGUUGCUCGCGCGACGCUGCUGCGGCCUCAAUCCAAUGUUUCUUCCUCAGCGCCGUCCUCUUCCGCCCCGGGCCUGCCCCAAACGCUUAAGGGGCGCGAUGUGGAGGACUAUGCGAUGUGGAGGUGCAUUGAGGCACAUGAGGGACAGCGUAUGGCAGUGCCACGAGGCUUCAAGUGGAGCGGCGGAGUGCUUGACCAAGCGUACGAGAAAUGCGGGCAGGUCACCAGCGAGUAUGCCAAGACUUUCUACCUGGGCACGCAGCUAAUGACGCCAGCUCAGGCGAAGGCCGUUUGGGCGGUCUACGUUUGGUGCCGGCGAACUGACGAGCUGGUGGACGGCCCGAACGCUUCCAAAAUCACUCCGAAGGCACUAGACCGCUGGGAGGAGCGGCUAGAGGCGCUCUUCGACGGAAAGCCCUACGACGAGCUCGAUGCCGCGCUCACCGACACCGCGGCCAAGUUCCCCCUGCACAUCCAGCCGUUCCGGGACAUGAUUGAGGGGAUGCGCAUGGACCUCGUAAAGUCUCGCUACGAGACGUUCGACGAGCUGUAUGAGUACUGCUACCGCGUCGCCGGGACGGUCGCGCUCAUGUGCAUGCCCAUUAUGGGUAUCGAGCCCACUUACAAGGGCCAGCUGGAGCCCGUGUACCGUGCUGCGCUGGCGCUGGGGACAGCCAACCAGCUGACCAACAUCCUGCGCGAUGUGGGCGAGGACGCCUACCAGCGCAAUCGCAUCUACGUGCCGCUGGAUGAGCUGGACAAGUACGGCAUUUCGGAAAAGGAGCUUCUUACGGGCCUGCACGCGCCCACGACUGGCGCCAUGGACGACCGGUGGCGCAACUUCAUGCACUUCCAGAUCACUCGCGCCCGGCAAUACUUCACGGACGCCGAGGGCGGCGUGGACCUGCUAGCACCGCAGGCUCGCUGGCCCGUCUGGUCGGCGCUGAUCCUGUACCGCCAGAUCCUGGACGCCAUUGAGGCGAACGACUACGACAACUUCUCCAAGCGCGCCUACGUGCCCAAGUGGCGCAAGAUGGUGUCGCUGCCCGUGGCCUACACCCGCGCGCUCAUGCCCGCACGCCGCCGGUAAAUGGCGCUGGUCGUGGAGACCGCAGCAGCGGAAGCAGCGUGGCGGUGGAGGGAGCGCGUCCUGCUGGCUUGGUGGCGGUGAAAUUGCCGCAGCCUUGGAACAACUGCAGCGGCCUUGGCGCCAGCUGCAGCAGCCAGGUCGUUUUGGUGGCCUUCUGACACCACCGGCGGAGGCUGCAUCAUGUCAUCUAUCCACCACGCCUGCAUCAGUGCUGCGGCGCUCCUGGAAGGCGGGCGCCGCUUAGGUGGUUAUCAUUUGGGGCGGCUGCCAGCGCCUCUGCGUGACCGCCGCUUGUACUUAAAGAGAUAAGAGCCUUCGUCUUGGCAGCGCGAAGUUUAUUGAGAGCCGUGUUUUUAAGAGCGUGAGUGGAGCGAAUGUGUUGCGCGAGCAGUUGAGCGUCGGAGCGCUUGCGGCACGUGAAGGGUUGUGGGGCAGGCGGGGCCGGUCGCCCUGGCCCUGUGUGCUCGGCUAGGCCAUCCGGGUGGGUUGAACUCGUGUGACACCGCAGUGCCAUAGCUGCCGUACGUCGGGGGCUACAGCCAUGUCGACGACAACACCCGCCCGCCCCGUCGAGCGUUGCCUCACGCCCGCUGCGGGCUGGUGUUUACGGACCAUGUCGGGACGUGCACGUGCAGACCACGCAGGUGCGGAGCGCUGCCAGGAGUUCCCACACUGCGUAGCUAACCCCUUUUGUGCGUCACUGAUAAUGUAUUCGUGUUUUAAUGUGCAUGUGAAGGGUUCAUAUUAAGCGUGGCGCUGCUGGGGAGGACAGCAUUGCGUUGCACUCGUAAAGUAUGCUAAGCAUCCCCUGCUGUUGAGUGCGGCAGAUCCGAUGCAUAGGCGGCUGGAUCUUUCCCGCGGCUUGAAGCGGGUGGUGUGCUCAAUGGUUCAUUCAGGCAGGUGGAAGAUGGGAGAUGGGUUGGUAGGGGGGACCCGUGGACUGCUGCCCUCCACGACCCGCUGCGCGGCCCAAUCGCCCGUGCAUACGAGCAGUGGAGAGCUGAGUGGGAGCCAGGGAGCUCCCGCGGCGUUGCUUGCGGAGGCUGCGCCCAGCGGCCCUUCUGGAGCACAAGCGCGUGUGGCCGCGGUAGCAUUCCGGAGCCAGUGGCCGAAGGAGCGAUUGCUAGGGCGCAGCCAUGGAUUCAUUCCCUAAUGCGGACAGCAGGGAGGCGCUUGUGUGUGUGGCGGGACGGGUGUUUCUUAAGGCCUGUCGCGUCGCUCUGGCAAUGCGUCGCCGAGGCGGCGAAUGGGUCUUGCACGCUGAAGGCAGUGGCCAAACGGUGUGCACCGUGGGGUGGGCGAAGACCCGGCAGUCUGGGUGUUGGCCUGUCCCGUUGAGUUGCGGGGCAGUAGUUGCUCCCCCAUCGAGCUAGAGGCCAGUUGAAUAAACGAUUUUGGCGGAGGCGCUCUCGGAUGCUCGUGUGUGCGUGUGUGGAGUGCGCAGUACAGCAUAGAUGACUCAGGAGGACAAGACUGGCUGGACGACGUGGAAAGGAAGUAGCAAUGGGUGGGUGCUGGCUGCCAGCAAUGUUUCCCCGAGUACCAGAUGGGGUCAGGUAGCGGGCGCGGGGCAGCGUCCGCGCGCCCAGUUUCCUCCUAGUUUGCAGCGGCAGGCGUGUAUUGGAUUGCUCGUUUCAUUGCUUGUUUCCACGAGUGCACAUACCGAAGCGGCGGGACAGGCGGGUGGCGAUAGUAGAUGGAGAUGGAUGCUAGCACGCCAAGUCCGAACGAGGCUGGCUGAUUCUUUCAUAGGCCAGGCGCCAGCGUGUAUUGCUGCCUGCGUGA